AUGCCUUCCUCGUCGUCCGUCGCCCGCAAGCUGCCGCUGGACGGUCUCCGCGUCAUCGAGUGCGGCCACCUCAUCGCAGGGCCGUUCGCGGGCAUGAUCCUCGCCUACUUUGGCGCUGAAGUCAUCAAGAUUGAGCCGCGCACGGGCGACCAGUGCCGGGACAUGCGCCUCAUCGACGCGGAGAACCACACGUCGCUGUGGUGGUACUCGAUCGGGCGCAACAAGCACAGCGUGUGCGUCGACCUCAACACGCCGGACGGGCGGGGCAUCGUCAAGCAGCUCGUCAACAAGAGCGACGUCUUCAUCGAGAACUUCCGACCGGGCAAGAUGGAGGCGUGGCACCUCGGGCCGCAGGAGUUUGAAGCCACCAACCCCGAGCUCAUUUAUGCGCGUGUGAGUGGGUACGGCCAGACGGGCCCGUACAAAGCCAAGCCUGGGUUUGCCUCGGUCUGCGAAGCGUUCGGCGGCUUCCGGUACGUCAACGGCUUCCCCGAUCGGCCGAGCGCGCGCCCCAACUUGAGCCUCGGGGACACGAUGGCGGGCCUCCACGCAGCGCUGGGCAUCACAAUGGCUCUUGUCGGGAAGGAGCGAUCGUCGUCCCGCCAAGGACAAGUCGUGGACGUGGCCAUUUACGAAUCCAUGUUUAACGUCCUCGAGGCCAUCGUGCCCGAGCACUCGUACAACGGAGCGGUGCGCGAGUGCUCGGGCUCGACGAUUACCGGCAUCGUCCCCUCCAACACGUACCCGACCUCUGACAAGAAGCACGUGGUAAUUGGCGCCAACAUGGACGGGCUCUACAUGAAGCUUAUGGAUCUGAUUGGCACGCCGGAGCUCAAGGUGCACAAGACCAACGUCGAGCGCGUUCAGUUCCAAGCUGACAUUGACGACGCGAUCGGCCGCUGGACGGCGUCGCUGCCGCUCGCAGACAUCUUGGUGCAGCUCGACAACGCACGCAUUCCCGUCGGCCCCAUCAACUCGAUCACCGAGAUGGCGGCGGACCCGCACUACGCGGCGCGCAACAUGUUCGAGUCGGUGACCAUCCCGGGCCACGCCAAGCCGCUCCAGAUUCCGGCUGUGAGCCCCAAGCUCAGCGGGACACCGGGUCGCACCCAGUGGCCGGGGAAGCCGCUCGGCGCGGAUACCAAGUGGUGCCUCGAGUCCGUCCUUGGCAUGGCCCCCGCCGAGAUCGAAAAGCUCCUUCGCGAUGAAAUCGUGUUUGAGGCGCGCUCGUAA